CAACGGCGCCUCAAGGCGGUGAGUUCUGUUCUUCAUCGAGAAUGGAAAUAUGCCGUAACUUUUGUCGGCAAAGUCUAUGAUUCCACUGGAAAUCCGGCUAUAUACAAGCCAUCUCAUGCCACGUUCGGAUCUGCUGCGUUCAACGACGCUGAAAAAGAUAUCUGUGACUUUAUAAAGAUAGCUUCCGCGCAGAACAAAAAGAUCAACGACGGCUUUUUUGGCUGUAGAGUUGGUUCACUGAAAAAUGGCUCGCUCGUAGUUACCUUGGUGGCAGAUUAUAAGAUGGCAAGUAUCCCGAUCCUCACUAACCUCCAAUUUGCUGAGGUUAUCAAAGCUUUACUUACCAGCGCACCCAAAUCGUCUAAUCUCAAUUAUGAUCUGAAAGCUAGCAUCUCCGGUAUGUCAACUGUCUUAAAGUGGUAG